AUGAAAGCAAUGCCUUCUCUGCAAAUGGAGGCACUAAUUACAUGGGAAGAACAGAGAAUACUGAAGUUAUUCUUGGAAUUCAUUCAGAAAGUGAAAAAAACCAAACAAGUUUUCAAAGUUAAUAAGACAUUUCCUCACCCGAAAUAUAAGAAUGUCAGAAAGGGGAAUGACAUUAUGCUUCUUCAGCUUAAAGAAAAAGCAAAACUUAACGAGAAUGUUUCCUUCGUCGAGCUUCCUCAGGAGUAUGGUGACCUCAAGCCAAAAACACAGUGUCUGGUAGCUGGUUGGGGGAUUACUGAAAGUGGAAGACGAUCAGAUGUCCUCCGUGAAGUUAAUGUCACUGUCAUUGCAAGAAACAUCUGCAAUGAUCGAAAGCACUAUAAUUCCAAGCCAAAAGUGACAAUGAAUAUGGUCUGUGCUGGUGACAAGAGAGGAGGCAAGGAUUCAUGUUCUGGUGAUUCUGGUGGUCCUUUGAUGUGCAAAGGGGAACAAAGAGGCAUCGUUUCCUUUGGUGAAGGAUGUGGAAGUCAAGAUUAUCCUGGUGUCUACACCCUUCUGACAAAGAAAUAUUCUCGUUGGAUAAAUAGUGUUAUACAAGGACAAUCAAGGAAAAGCUUGUCUUCUUCAUUCUGUAUAUAUCCCUGUGCCGAGAUCAUUGGAGGAAAAGAAUCAGUUCCACAUUCAAGACCUUUUAUGGCCAAGAUCAAAAAACCAUCACUUUGUGGGGGGACCCUGAUCAAAUCAGACUGGGUAUUAACAGCAGCUCACUGCAAAAUAACAAAGGACACUGAAGUUAGUCUUGGAAUUCAUUCAGAAAAAGACGGCACAAAACAACUUUUCCAAGUUAAAAAGUACAUUCCUCACCCGUGCUAUGAUAAUGUCACAAAGGAGAAUGACAUUAUGCUUCUUCAGCUUAAAGAAAAAGCAAAACUUAACGAGAAUGUUACCUUCGUCAAGCUUCCUCAGGAGUAUGGUGACCUCAAGCCAAAAACACAGUGUCUGGUUGCUGGCUGGGGGAUUACUAAGCCUGGAAAACAAAGUCCAUCACAUGUCCUCCGUGAAGUUAAUGUCACUGUCAUCGCAAGACACAUCUGCAAUGAUCAAAACCACUAUAAUUACAAUCCAAUAGUGACAAUGAAAAUGGUCUGUGCUGGUGACGAGAACGGAGGGAAGGAUGCAUGUGAUGGUGAUUCUGGUGGUCCUUUGAUUUGCAAUGGGGUACAAAGAGGCAUCGUUUCCUUUGGUAUAGGAUGUGCAAAGCCUAAGUAUCCUGGUGUCUACACCCUUCUGACAAAGGAAUAUUCUCGUUGGAUAAAUAGUGUUAUACAAGAUCACUGUGCCCAGAUCAUUGGAGGAAAAGUAUCAGCUGCACAUUCAAGACCUUUUAUGGCCAUGAUCAGAGGCUCACUGGAAUUUUGUGGGGGGACCCUGAUCAAACGAAACUGGGUAUUAACAGCAGCUCACUGCCAAAUACAAAAUGGAGAUGAAGUUUUUCUUGGAAUUAAUUCAGCAAGAGACAUGCCAAAACAAGUUUUCAAAGUUUCUAAGAUAGUUCGUCAUAAGGACUAUAAUAGUGUCACAAAGGAGAAUGACAUUAUGCUUCUACAGCUUAAAGAAAAAGCAAAACUUAACAGGAAUGUUACAAUCGUCAAGCUUCCUAAGAAGUAUGGUGACCUCGAGGCAAGAACACAGUGUCUGGUAGCUGGUUGGGGGCGUACUGAAAGUCGAAAACUAUCAGAUGUCCUCCGUGAAGUUAAUGUCACUGUCAUUGCAAGAAACAUCUGCAAUGAUAAAAAUCACUAUAAUUCCAAACCAAUAGUGACAAUGAAUAUGGUCUGUGCUGGUGAUGAGAGCGGAGGCAAGGAUGCAUGUACUUAUAUAUACAGUCUGUCCUUUGAUGUGGAGAAAGACAAAAAAGCAAAGAUGGUUCUUCCAAUGGGCAUGUGGUUCACUGUUGUGAUUUUUCUCCUCGGUAUUCCAGGAGAUCACUGUGCCCAGAUCUAUGGAGGAGAAAUAUCAGUUCCACAUUCAAGACCUUUUAUGGCCAAGAUCACACGCUCAAAGGGCCUUUGUGGGGGGACCCUGAUCACACCAAACUGGGUAUUAACAGCAGCUCACUGCAAAAUAACAAAGGACACUAAAGUUAUUCUUGGAAUUCAUUCAGAAGAAGAUGACACAAAACAAGUUUUCAAAGUUAAAAAGAACAUUCCUCACCCGAAAUAUAAGAAUUUCAGAAAGGGGAAUGACAUUAUGCUUCUUCAGCUUAAAGAAAAAGCAAAACUUAACAGGAAUGUUACCCUCGUCAAGCUUCCUCAGGAGUAUGGUGACGUUGAGGAAGGAACACAGUGUCUGGUAGCUGGUUGGGGGCGUACUGAAAUUGAAAGCGAAUCAGAUGUCCUCCGUGAAGUUAAUGUCACUGUCAUUGCAAGAACCAUCUGCAAUGAUCAAAACCACUAUAAUUACAAUCAAAGAGUGACAAUGAAUAUGGUCUGUGCUGGUGAUGAGAGCGGAGGCAAGGAUGCAUGUGAUGGUGAUUCUGGUGGUCCUUUGAUUUGCAAUGGGGUACAAAGAGGCAUCGUUUCCUUUGGUAGAGGAUGUGGAAAGUCUCAGUAUCCUGGUGUCUACACCCUUCUGACAAAGGAAUAUUCUCAUUGGAUACAUAGUGUUAUAAAACGCAAUUAAUAGAAUUAUCAUUUGACAUUGACAGUCUUUUCUAUUAUAUUCAUUCAUUAUAACUCCUUUAAGACAAUCUUUUCCAGACUUUUCCGUCCAGAUGUAUUUGACUAGGCACACCAUACUUAGCCAACACAAAAUCAUUGAGCCUGCCAGCUAAAAGUAACAGCAAUUUCAGGUAAAUUCAUUUAGAGGGUAACUGAUCAGUUUGGGUAUUUAGGUUUUCUAUUUAAAUGCAAUUUUUUAAACCAAGUUUUCUUUUCCUUUAUAAAAGCUAAGCACAAGUUUCUAGAAAUUAUUUCUCUUUAUUUUUCUCUCUUAAUCUGCUAGAUAAAAUUAUUCCCAUGUUUAUCACAAAUGUAAUGGUAGCUUAUUUCCAGAAAG